CUUCCCAUAUACCCACGCAACAAACAACUCCCUCCGCUCUGCCCUUGGCGUAUAUAUAUAUACCUAGGUAUACUGUCGACGCUUGCUCUUACCUGAGCCCUCACGCCACAGUGCAUGCCCGCAACAUAAUACGCACCCCCGCCGUUGCCUUUCCUCCGACCCAGCAUCCGCUUCCACCCCACCACCUGCGCCGAACAUCCCCAAAACACGCCCAAAAAUGGCGGCCAACGGCGUACAGAAUGUCUUCGACCCCGUGCUCGCAGCGCACAAUACGAUGCAGUCUGGAGCGGGUCGCGCGCAGAAGGAGCAGGCACAUCUGUUUUUGGAACAGUUCCAGAAGUCGCAAGAGGCAUGGACGACGACACUGGCUAUGCUAGAGUCAAACUCAGCAGAUGCCGCAGCGAAGCUCUUUGCUGCAACCACACUCAAGGGCAAGAUCGUAUACGACCUCCACCAAGUACCCCGCGCACAACUUCCAGAGCUGCGAGCAUCUAUCAUGCGCAACCUGGCUACGUUUCAUGCCGGGCCUAAGCCCAUCAGGUUGCAACUGUGCGUUUGUCUCGCCAACUUGGCAAUCCAGAUGACCGAGUGGAAGGAUGUCCUCAAAGAUGUCGUCGGCACGCUUGGCACAGAUCCAGCAACGCUGCCUUGCGUUUUGGACUUUCUCCGCGUUCUCCCCGAAGAAGUUACGCAUGGCCGAAAGAUCGCACUCACAGAACACGAGUUGACAAUGAGGACGGCCGAGUUGAUCGAGGACAACGCCCAGCAAGCCCUAGACCUCCUCAUCCGAUAUGCUACUUCGUCACCGGCCGCUGCUCAAAACCCCCAACUACUCAACUGUAUAACCUCCUGGAUGCGCGAGAUACCGCUAGACUCAAUAAUCAACUCACCUCUGCUCAAGGUCGUCAUUGACGAUCUCUCCGCUGAAGAGCCAUUCGAGGCUGCCGUGGAAUGCUUGAGCGCCCUCAUUUCAGAAACCAGAGAUGUUGACGAGACAAUGUCAUCCAUCUUGGCUCUAUAUCCACAAGUAAUUGCACUCCGGCCGAGGCUCGCUCAGGCGGCGCAAGAGGAGGACACGGAGAAGUUCAAGGGUAUUGCGAGAAUCUUCGCAGAAGCUGGAGAGUCGUGGGUUCUCUUGAUUGCGCGUCUACCAACUGAUUUCCGGGUCCUGGUGGAGAUAAUCCUCGAAACAGCCGCACUCGACCAGGAGCGGGACGCAAUAUCGCACACUUUCAAGUUCUGGUACGACCUCAAGCAAUAUCUGACUAUUGAGAAAUACACAGAAGCGCGGAUGCAGAGCUUAGACAUUUACUCCAAACUUGUCGAUAUUAUGAUUGGCCACCUCCAAUUCCCGAAACCCGAGAGCGGUGACGAAAAGGACUUAUUCGAGGGUGAUCGAGAGCAAGAGGAGAAGUUUCGAGAGUUCCGACACCAGAUGGGAGAUGUGCUGAAGGACUGUUGCGAGGUCAUGGGCGUCGUCGAGUGCCUCCAGAAACCAUACAACCUCAUUCAGCAAUGGGUACAAACAUAUGGUGCCCAGGCGGGACCAAACAACGUGCCGGAGUGGCAGCAACUCGAAGCGCCAUUGUUUGCUGUGCGGGCCAUGGGUCGAAUGGUUCCUCCAGACGAAAACGUCAUGCUACCUCGACUCAUACCACUGAUAGCAGCUAUCCCCGACCACAACAAGCUCCGUUUCCAGGCGGUAAUGGCGCUUGGGAGGUACACAGAGUGGACGGCUCAACACCCGGACACAUUACAGCCACAGUUGGACUUCAUCAUGGCAGCUUUCGAACACUCAACGAAAGAUGUCAUCCGAGCCGCUGCACUAUCGUUUAAGUUCUUCUGCAACGACUGUGCCAGUCUGCUGGUCAACUUCAUCGUUCCCCUGCAGCAAUUUUACGCAAAACAUCUAAACAGCCUACCUAUUAGCAGCCAAGAGGAGAUUACCGAGGGUGUAGCUUCAGUGGUUGCCAAGGUACCAAAUGACCAGAUCCAUGCGACAUUGAAGCUGUACCUCGAUCCUGUUAUGCAGCAUCUAGUCACAAUUGCAAACCAGGCCAAAGACGAACCGGAGCAGAAACUACUUGCUGAUAAGAUCAACCUUAUCACAAUCUUUAUUGAGAUGGUACGACCCGAGGUACCGUCUGGUCAGGAGCAUCCGGCAGUCACGUAUUGCCAGGAGAUAUUCCCUGUGCUUGGAAACAUCAUCACACACUUCAACAAAAGCAUACCAAUUCUCGAGCGAGUAUGUCGGUGCUGGCGGUACAUGGUCUUAUCAUACAGGACUGCCAUGCGUCCGCUCUUGCCAGAUCUCGCAACAAAGCUAACAGAAGGUUUCGAUACCUCGCGACAAGGCUGCUUUCUUUGGGCCACUGCUUCGAUUGUCCGCGAAUUCUCACAAGGCAUGGAUGAGGUUGACCCAAGCCUGGCGAAUGAUGUCUUCCAGUUUUACGAGCAGCAAGCGAAGACAUUCUUGAGGAUACUGAGCGACCUGCCGCCGGAAGAGUUACCCGAUCUUAUCGAAGAUUACUUCCGCCUUGCGGCAGACAUGGCGCUGUACUUCCCCUCGGAGUCAAUCAUGUCGCCUCUCAUGGACACUAUCCUCCUCGCAGCUUGCUCCUCUCUCACGUUGCUCAAAGAGGAUCCUAUCAUUGCGACCUUGCACUUCCUUCGCGACCUUCUUGGAUACGGCCGCAACUCCGCACCAUCAUCUAGCUUCGACAACACACGCCACGAGGUACCCGAGGCACUACGAAAUCGCGUCAAGCAGCUUGUGGUAGGUGCUGGUGUCCAGCUUGUCCAGCGCAUCAUGACAGGCAUGAUGUACAGCUUCCCCGAAGGCUGCUUCGCAGACUCCUCGGGUGUGCUACUGGACCUCUUCGAGCUCAUGCCGGAACAAGUCGCACAGUGGGUAGCCAGCACCGUGGCAAUGUUACCGCAAGGUAGCAUCACGCCUCAAGAAAGCGAGCGCUUCCUCAACAAUAUUCGGCAACGCAUUCAAAGUGGCGAUGUCAGGAUGAUUAGAACCAUCCUCCAAGACUUCACGACCAGCUACCGACGUCGGAAUGUAGCACCUCGCGAGGGCCUGGGUAGGUUGGAGGCUUCGCGGUUCAGGUUCUCUGGUUAGACGCUGGAUGCUGAUACGCGGCUUCGUUACCAGCAUGUGGGGGAGCACGGGCUAAAGAGGAAGAGAGUCAUGUCGGGUAUAUUCGAUGCUGAGACGAUAAGGAAAUGGAUCCAAGCGGAACAUUUCCAUAGCGCUUGUCUCGACAUGCUUGUAGGUGUGCAGGAAGGGGGGUGAUGGGGGCGGGGUGGUCAGGUCAAUCGAACGGGGUGUACAUCAACUCAGCAUAUUGUACUUGAAGCGUUUGUGUGUGGGCAUUUGCAUGGAAUGGGGCAUGGAUGAACGGGAUAGGACGGGACGGGAUAGGAUAGGAUAGGACAUUUCCCUUCUACUUGAUACUUUUUUCUCUUCAUACCUUACUAGAUACCGAUUUUUCACUUACGAUCCUAUACUAUCCUACUUUACGCAUGCCCAUGAGAACCGUCGUCUCUCUGCGCCUUCGCUGCAUCUGAACAACCAAUAGGCGUAUUGUGUUGGACAAUUUCAACUCGGAGCUUCUU